AUGGCUCAAACCAUGUUGCUCAUGUCUAGUGUCUCUAGCAGCUACUCGGUGGAUUUGAAGAAAGACCUUUUUCUCCAAUUGAGGCCUAAGUUCUCUCAACUCUCAUUCAGCCCUCUUCCAUCAUCAAGUUCUUUGUUUUCUUCACCUCGUACAUUCACAACUUUGGCCCUCUUUAAAUCAAAGACCAAGGCCACUCCUGCUAAGACCAAGGUUACGAAGCCAAAGCCAAAGGUUGAAGAUGGUGUCUUUGGCACUUCUGGGGGGUUUGGUUUUACUAAGCAGAACGAGCUCUUUGUGGGGCGUGUUGCUAUGCUUGGUUUUGCGGCAUCACUGUUGGGUGAAGCAUUAACUGGGAAAGGAAUUCUAGCACAGUUGAAUCUGGAAACUGGAAUUCCCAUUUAUGAAGCAGAGCCUCUUCUUCUGUUUUUCAUCCUUUUCACACUGCUAGGAGCCAUCGGAGGUUUAGGUGACCGUGGACAAUUUGUUGAUGACGAACCUACCACUGGAGGUGUUAUUCCUCCAGGCAAAGGCUUCAGAGAAGCUCUUGGUCUCGGUUCAGGUCCUUUGUUUGGAUUCACGAAAGCGAACGAGCUAUUUGUGGGAAGAUUGGCUCAAUUGGGAUUCGUUUUCUCUUUGAUUGGAGAGAUUAUUACUGGGAAGGGAGCACUGGCCCAGCUGAACAUCGAGACUGGAGUACCAAUCAACGAAAUCGAACCCCUUGUGUUGUUCAACGUUCUUUUCUUCUUCGUUGCUGCUUUGAAUCCUGGAACUGGGAAAUUCGUUACAGAUGAGGGGGAUGAGGAUUAG